CUCCUGUCCCCUACGCUGUAGGUCUACAAUGGCAGCGACCGCCAGCACUGAGUUCCUUCUGUGCCUCUCCUUUCUGCACCUGCUGUCCGGCUGGUCUGGCGCAGGGCGGGCUGACACACACUGUCUUUGCUAUGACUUCAUCAUCACUCCUAAGUUCAGACCUGAACCACGAUGGUGUGAAGUUCAAGGCCUGGUGGAUGAAAGGCCUUUUCUUCACUAUGACUGUGUUAACCACAAGGCCAAAGCCUUUGCUUCUCUGGGGAAGAAAGUCAAUGUCACAAAAACCUGGGAAAAACAAACUGAAACACUAGGAGACGUGGUGGAUUUCCUCAAAGGACAACUGCCUGACAUUCAGGUGGAGAAUUUAAUACACAUUGAGCCCCUCAUUCUGCAGGCCCGGAUGUCUUGUGAGCACGAAGCCCAUGGACACGGCAGAGGAUCUUGGCAGUUCCUCUUCAAUGGACAGACGUUCCUCCUCUUUGACUCAAACAACAGAAAGUGGACAGCACUUCAUCCUGGAGCCAAGAAGAUGAAAGAGAAGUGGGAGAACAGGGAUGUGACCAUGUUCUUCCAGAAGAUUUCAAUGGGGGACUGUAAGACAUGGCUUCAGGAAUUUUUGAUGUACUGGGAACAAAUGCUGGAUCCAACAAGCCUGUUUCAGAGCAGGUUCCUAUUCGGGAAGGGUAGUGGUGUGUGGCCUGCAGGCAGCCGGAACUCAAGCGUGGGCAGUCUGCAGAGUAGGAGCGGAGCAGCAUGGCCACUUCACCUAGGAUGUCAAGGGCAAGGGCAUCCCUGGAGGAAGCUAAGAAGAGGUAAUCUGGGAGAAUCCCAGGACGAGGGGGCUGUGAGGGCCUUGGCCCACCCAAUUCCAAAGGCUGCAUUCCCAGAGAAAGCAGCUCGGGUCCCAGCAGUUAAGGUGGAAAGUGAAGAGUGGAGCAUGUCCGGACUGAGGUUCAGAAAAGGCCAGGCCCCUUGGACCCAUGGGAUUCCUGGCCGGGUCCUGGGGCGAUGCCCCUGCCAUUCUGCCUCCUUCACACUCCAGAUCCUGAGCCAGCUGAUGGCCCUGCCUGGAGCAGAGUGGACUCAGAGGGGAGCUGAGCUGCUGCUGGAGUUCCAUGCUCACCACUGA